GUACACGAUGCGAUGUUUUGAGUUUCUUGUAAAAUCUCCUGGUGCUAGCGAUGCCCCAUCCAAGGAAUCAUUGAAAGAAAUAUUCUCAGACGAAGCUAAGAUAAAAUCAUAUGAUCCUCUCAGUGGACACAUUACCUUCGAAACUUCUCAAUCUGUUAAUGUUGUAGAGAAUAUUUUACAAGAAAGAUUUUCCCAAGUGAAAUUAAUUGGUCAAAGUAGUCUCUCCCUCACACAAGCUGCAGGAGUUGCCAUCAUUGGAGGGAAAGCUCGUGGAAUUAUCAGAUUAUUGGAGGAUGAAAGUGGUUUACAUGUUGAAGGAACCGUUACAGGGCUUCAGAAAGGGCCAUAUAGUGUAAGUAUCAAUGAGUAUGGUGAUAUAUCAAAUUCCUGUAUUUCUACAGGUGACCCUAUUUCUAAAAGUGGUGACAAAACGCCAUGUGGACUAUUGGGAGAGAUAGAAAGUGAUGGUUCUAACGACACAAAGUUUGUUUUAAACUCAAGUGGUUUAUCAUUUAUUGAGUGCAUUGGGAGAUCUUUAGUUGUUCAAAAUAAUGAUGCUAGAAUAGCAUGUGGGAUUGUUGGACGAUCAUCCGGUGUGUCAGAAAAUAAUAAAAAGAUCUGUGCGUGUGAUGGAACAGUCAUCUGGGAGGAACAAGUCUUUGGGCCUUAUGCUGUUGCUCCCCAGACCUCAGAGUAAGAUGUGACAAUACAUAUGUUUAUUGUUUUUAAAUUUUUUAUAUUAGAUAUACAGGGGGCAAAAAGUCAGUACACAUACGCUGGGGCUUAAUUCUUUUUUCACGAGUAAAAGCAAUAGAGUUUUUAAAUUUUGUUAAAUAUGAGUAGUUACAAUAUUAUGAUAUCUGCAAAGUUACAUGGCUAUAUGUUAUGAGAUCAAAUGUACUGUCUUUUGGCUUCCUGCAUUAUUGUUUAUAUAUUGAUGUAUCUAUUUAUUUAUCAUAAAAAUAAAAAUAUAUAUUAAUUAUCAUAAAAUAAGCCAUGACUGAAAAUUCUUGAUUUUAUGUUUGAGAGCACUACUAUUUUAUUACACAGUUCUUUUGCUAGUUCCGUUUAAUAUUUUGU